GAACAUCAUGAAUCAACAAAGACAUGUGAAUGCAUGUAGAGGACACUAAAAAAAAACAAAACAUAAAAUGAUUUCUCGGAUUUCAUUUUCAUUAUUAUCAUUAAAUAUCAUGAAUCGAAAUCUUCGAAAUUUAACACAACCAUCUAAUAAUGUACUUCCUUUGUGUUAUAGUUUGGCCAUUAAUCCAAACAAUCCGGUGAAUAAAUUGUUAUUAUCAACCGAUGCCAUCGUUAAUGCUGAACAGCAACAAAAACAACAAUCUUUGAAAAAAUCUAUUGAAGAAAAUCCAUACUAUUCAAAGUAUGCGGAAAAAAUUAAAAAAGCUCAAUUAUCAUCAUCAUCAUCAUUAAAAGUUGAUGAUGAUAAGAAAAUUGAAUCACCAGACAAAAAACCAACAACAACAAUCGUCGAAUCUGUGGCUGAAGAUUGUGAAAAAUUAAAAUCCGAAAUAAAUACAAUAAAAGUGAACAAGGCCAAUAUUUCGGAUAAAUCAUCAAAGAAAAAAUUGGAUGAUAUCGUUAAACUUGAUCUAUUUAUGGAUAAAUCAAAAGAGGAAAUUAUUCAAAUAUGGAAUCAAUAUCAUAGUAAACGUGAUUGUCUUUAUGCCAUUAUUGAAUCAUCAUUAUAUGAAACAUUUCAUCGGAAUCUUUGCGAAUAUUCUGCAUUCAUAUUACCAUUGCCAAGAAGAAAUUCCGACAACAAUGAUGAUGAUACAGCAACAACAUUGUCGUCAUAUGAAUUUUUUCUAAUGCAAUUCCAAGAACAUUGUUGUCAUUUUACACCAUUAGCUGCUUAUCAUCUUCGUAAAGAGAUGGCGCCCGUUUGUCUUACUAUUUAUUAUUAUCCAGAAUUAACCGAAUUAAAAGGCAUCGUAUUAAUGAUGGGUGAAUUUGAUUCAAACAUUCUUAACAUUAUGGAAUGUCAAGCACUAGCAAAUCAAUUACAAUACUAUUAUCUAACUAAAGAUCCAUCGGCACGACUUUCAUUACAUUUGUUCAAUAAAGAACCAAAAAGUUUUGAUCAUAUGCGUCUGAUACGACAUUUGGAAGAUGGAUUUCAUUCAACACAACAACAAAUCAAUUUAAAUCAACCAGAUUAAUUUUAAAAAAUGAUGAUGAUGAUGAUGAUGAAAAUUGUUUUAUUUACAUGUAUAACAAUGGUGAUGGAGAAGAGAAUAUUCUACAAAUAAUAAUAAUCAAAGGCACAUUGUUUGUAAUUAAUAAUCCAUUAUUCGAUUGCACCUUGCGAUUAAUCGAUAGACUAAAUAAAGUGAAUAUACAACAAAUAAAAUGAGAAGAAAAAAAAAAACAAUAUACAAGUCAAAUUGUUGAGAUUUACAUGAAUUGAUUAAUUACAUCAAAAUAAAUGAUUGAAUGUGAUUGCAAAUUAUUAUUUAUUUAUUUAUUAUUUUGUAUUAUUAUUUCGAUAUCGAAUUAGUAGAAGCAAAUAAAUUUGCUAGAUUGGCAUA